AUGAGCAAGCAAAAGUCUGGCAUUGACCCUCGGUCCUGGGAUGCCGUCAACAUCCCAGACUGGAUGAAGUCCUAUGCCUCGAGCAUGGGCUACAGGAAGAUGACGGCUGUGCAAGCCAGUUGUCUUCCUCAGUUCCUGGAACGCGGAGCCGACGUUGUCGUUGAGGCUGUUACUGGAAGCGGAAAGACUCUUGCCUUCCUCAUGCCCACCGUGAAAAAGGUCCUCGGUAUCGAAGACCUCAAACGACACCACGUAGCCGCCAUCGUCGUGAGCCCCACCCGAGAGCUCGCUACCCAGAUCCAUUCCGUCCUCCUCUCCAUGCUCGAGUUCCACGAACCCUCAGCCCAGCUUCUUCCCUAUCUCCAGGAAGAAGAAAAGCGACCCGAUGCGGCGAGCCCCGUAGUGGUGCCACAGCUACUCGUGGGCGGAACGACGACGCCGGCGCAAGAUCUUGCCUUCUUCAUGAGGCAUUCUCCGAACCUGCUCGUUGCUACGCCCGGUCGACUCGUCGAGCUUCUGGCGUCUCCCUACGUCCAUUGUAAGGGAGCCGCCGGCUUCGAAGUUCUGAUCCUCGAUGAGGCCGACCGCCUCUUGGACCUCGGUUUCAAGCAAGACUUACAAAGAAUCCUUGGUCACCUCCCGAAGCAGCGCCGGACCGGUCUCUUCAGCGCCUCCGUGUCCGAUGCCGUGAGCGAGAUUAUUAGGGUGGGACUUAGGAACCCUGUGAAAAUUACAGUCAGGGUAAAGAGCCUGAAGGACGGCGGUGUCAUCGAGGACAGAAAGGUGCCGGCGAGUCUCCAGAUGUCAUACCUCACGGGGCCCGCCAGCCACAAGCUCCCGCUCCUCUGCCAACUCCUCGAGAAGCUCCAGCAGCGACCGCAGCGGAGCAUGAUAUUCUUGUCGACAUGCGCCGCGGUCGACUACUUCCAGCACGUACUCCCCAUGCUUCUGCCGGAAGGGUUUUCCCUCCUCUGCCUCCACGGCAAGCACCCGGCUAAGGUCAGAGAAAAGAACUUUAACCGCUUCCUUACCUGCGUGUCGCCCACGAUUCUCCUCACCACCGACCUCGCCUCUCGCGGUCUCGACUUUCCCUCCGUCGAUCUCGUCGUCCAGAUCGACCCUCCGUCAGACACAAAAGCUUUCAUCCACCGAUGUGGGCGCGCAGGAAGGGCCGGUCGCAAAGGAUUGGCCGUGGUGAUGCUCCACGAAGGCCGUGAAGAGGAAUACGUCACCCUGCUCGGGGUGAGGCAAACGCCGAUUUCCCCUCUUCAGAAGCCCGCCGUCAAGGUUUCCGCAAACGAUGCGGCCUCUGCGUCCGAGCGGAUACGCCAGCUCCUCCGCGCCGACCGCGCCCUGCACGACAAGGCGCAAAAGGCCUUCGUCUCCUGGGUCCGCAGCUACGCCAAUCACCAGGCCGCAUCCAUAUUCCGGCUCGCGGAUCUAGACUGGGCCGAUCUCGGCAACGCCUGGGGUCUCCUCCGGCUACCUAAGAUGCCCGAGGUCAAGAAGUGGGAAGGCGAUCGGACGCUGGGCCAGGAAGUGGACUGGGACACGUACGCGUACAAAGACAAGGCACGAGAGCAGCAGCGCAAAGAAGCGCUAGAGGCCGAGAAAGCGGCCAGGGCGAACGGCGAGGUGCCGGAUUCGUCCAAGUAUUCUAAGAAGAGGAAGAAGAAGAAUGAGGCGUGGAGCGGCAAGCAGGAGAAGGAUGAUGUGCGGUCGGCGAGGAGGGAGAAGAGGAGGAAGAGGAAGGAGGCUGAGACGGAUGCGAAGAUGACUGAGGAGGAGAAGGUGAAGAAGAUGGAGUUGAAUGAGUUGAUUGAGGAGGUGAGGAGGCGGAAUAUGGCGGUGAAGGAGGUUAAGGUGAAGAAGGGUGCGGAGGCGGAGGAGGAAUUUGCUGGGUUUGAUGACUGA